ACUAUUAAAGUAUUCCCAGUUAAACUUUGAUUUGCAUAUUGUUAAAGAAGCUAUAUAGAAACUAAAAGUGACACACACAAGUUUGAUGGCUUUAGAGUGGUGUAUGUAGCUUUGACAGUGUAGAGUUGCAAUAUGGUCUGGUAACUGUUGCUAGACUUAACAUUGAUUCAUGGAUAGAGAGGAGAAUAAAAGGACCUGGACUAUUGACAUUAUACAACAACAACAACAAAAUCAUUCUCAUGAGCACUGAAAACAAUUAUUUUCUUUUCAGCUGUGUCAGAGUAGAAGAGCACCAUGCUGUUGACAUUGAUCUGUACCACUGCCCAAAUUGUGCAGUUCUGCAUGGACCCUCCUUAAUGAAGAAGAGGAGAAACUGGCAUAGACAUGACUACACAGAGUUUGAUGAUGGUACCAAACCAGUCCAAGCUGGAACACGAACUUUUGUUAAACAGCUACGAGCUCGCUCAUUCCCAAGUGCUGACGAAAUCAUUUUGAAAAUGCAUGGCAGCCAGCUGACACAAAGGUACCUGGAAAAACAUGGGUUUGAUGUCCCUAUUAUGGUUCCUAAAUUAGAUGGUCUAGGACUCAGACUCCCUCCCCCUACUUUUUCCGUGUUGGAUGUGGAACGCUAUGUUGGCGGUGACAAAGUGAUAGAUGUAAUUGAUGUGGCAAGGCAGGCAGACAGUAAAAUGAAGCUUCAUAAUUAUAUUAAGUAUUUCAUGAAUCCUGAUCGACCAAAAGUAUUAAAUGUGAUCAGUCUGGAGUUUUCAGACACCAAGAUGUCUGAAUUGGUGGAAGUCCCAGACAUUGCUACAAAGCUUUCAUGGGUGGAAAACUACUGGCCAGAUGACUCUGUCUUCCCAAAACCUUUUGUUCAGAAAUAUUGUUUGAUGGGAGUUCAGGACAGCUACACUGAUUUCCAUAUUGAUUUUGGGGGCACAUCAGUCUGGUACCAUGUUCUGUGGGGUGAGAAGAUCUUCUACUUGAUCAAACCUACUGAUGAAAACCUGGCUCGCUAUGAAUCUUGGAGUUCCUCUGUCACUCAAAGUGAAGUCUAUUUUGGGGAUAAAAUAGAUAAAUGUUACAAAUGUGUGGUGAAACAAGGACAUACCUUAUUUGUUCCUACAGGCUGGAUUCAUGCAGUGCUUACAUCUCAGGACUGUAUGGCUUUUGGAGGAAACUUUUUGCACAACCUCAAUAUUGGCAUGCAGCUCAGGUGUUAUGAAAUGGAGAAAAGGCUAAAAACCCCAGAUCUUUUCAAAUUUCCUUUCUUUGAAGCCAUCUGUUGGUUUGUGGCCAAAAAUUUACUGGAAACUUUAAAAGAACUGAGGGAAGAUGGUUUCCAGCCCCAGAACUUCUUAGUACAAGGAGUGAAGGCUUUACUUAGUGCUUUAAAGUUAUGGAUGAAAAAAGACCUUGUAACCGAACAUGCCUUUGAAAUUCCAGACAAUGUUAGGCCUGGGCAUCUCAUUAAAGAACUCUCUAAGGUGAUUCGCUCUGUAGAGGAGGAGAACAGCAAACCAGUUAAAACUCAGGGAAUUCUUGGUAUUUGCCCAGUUUCACGAUCCUCACACGAAGCAACCUCUCCUCCCCAUUCCAGAAGAAAAGUGAGGAAACUGCGAGAUCAUGCAACCAAAGUUCCUUCUAAUCUGGAUAUUCUGGAGCUUCACACAAGGGAGGUACUCAAAAGGCUGGAGAUGUCUCCCUGGGAGGAGGACACAGCAAACUCUAAAAUGAAAGGAAGAUUUAACAAGCCCUUUCAGCCAUCUUCUACGGUACCUGAAUGGAGAACAAAGGACAAUGAUCUACGCCUUCUACUUUCAAAUGGAAGAAUAAUUAGAGAUGAGCGACGACCAUUUACAGAUCAAAGUCUUUACACGGCAGAUAGUGAGGAUGAGGAUGACAGGACGAGGUCAAAAAUGACAAAGACUAUUAAGAUGGAAGACCAGAGUUCAGAGUUGGAAGAACAAGGGACUGCAGAUGCCCAGAAACCACUGAACAUGUUCUUUGAAAGUGUGAAAUCAGAACUCAGGAAUGGAUCUUCAGAAUAUUCUGAUAUUUCCGAUUCAGAAGAAUCUGAGCCUGAUUGCACUACUCAGCAAAAGAAUUCCUCUACAGAGGAGUCAGAAUGCUCAGGUGAUGAAGAGAAACAGGAGGUAACAUCAAAUUUCAAUGAGGAAUCUAAAAUAAGGGACCUCUGUCAAACUACCCAGAAGCCAUCAAAAAAUGAAACUCCAAGUAAAGGGGAAUGUCCUACCUCGACAAGUACAGAAGAAGAAGCUAUUCAGGGCAUGCUUUCUAUGGCAGGAUUGCACUAUACCACAUGUUUACCAGGUCAUACACAAAGCACAGACUGCACAGUUAAAAGAACCUCUCAUCAGGAACACAAAAGUUACCCCAGAAGUCGGCAUAAGGACAGGCAGCCAUCCCAGAGUCAUAAAACAGAAUGUGGUAAGCUCAUGAAAGAAGAGGAAAGAGGCUUGGGGUCUUCAGUAUGGGCAAGACAGCUAAAUGCAACUUCCAGGGUUACUCCUCAGGAUACAAAUAAAUCUCAGAAAUAUAUUAAGAAGAUGUGUGCAUCAGAAGCUAGUCAUAAGGUUCAGGAGAAUAGAAAUUUUACACACAGCAAUGGCUUGAGCUUCCAACAUGGCAAGUACACGCGGGACUCCACCUUGAUCCAAGGGGAGUGUCGGUUGAGUGAUGGCAGUCUCAGCCCUGACAGGCCAUACGGUGAGACGUCCUUAUCUGUACCCCUUCACCCAACCAAGAGGCCAGCAUCAAAUCCACCCCCUAUCAGCAACCAGGCCACAAAAGGCAAGCGUCCAAAGAAAGGAAUGGCAACUGCCAAACAGCGCCUUGGGAAGAUCCUUAAGCUGAACCGAAAUGGCCAUGCACGCUUCUUUGUUUGAUGUAGCUGCUACUACUACUACUGCUGUCUUUUCUUCACAGCCAGUAUUGAGGACAGCAGAGCCUGGAGCUGCUGCUGUUCCUAUGCCUGAAGCAGACUUGCAUGUACCUUGUAGAACACUGCCUAAUGAACAAAAAAACCAAUGCUGCAUUUUCACUGUGCCACACCUGCUCAGCAAUAACCAUUUGGGAAUGGGGAAAUCUUCAGAGAGACAAUGGACUAGGAAACAGUCUCUCAUCAGGGCUUGAAUAUCACUUUGUUGCUGGUAGUGUCUGAGCUAAUUCAUGAGGGGAAGGUGAUAAAGGUGGUAUCCAUAAUUUAUUUCUGACAGAUUUUUACAACUUUUAAAUUCCUUUUAAUUAUUUAUUUGGAAAUUUUUUUUGUGGGGUUUGUUAAUUUAGAUUAAAGAAUGUGAAGGUUUUUAAUUGUUCUUGAUAAUGUAUGUUUGGUGCAGUGGAGAGCCACGUUAAUGGUGAUUAGUCUGGACUCCUAAAUUUGAUAUUCAGGUUAUAGUCUUAAACAGGGAUGUGAUGCAUUAUUAAUUUUAAAUGAAGUCAUAUGGAAUCAUAUUAUAUUUUUUCUGCUCUUUAUAAGCUAUUGGUUAGACUUCUGUUGACUUGUAAGGUACAUGGUCUCUGCCAGUUUAGUUCCCUUAGCCUCUCCCCAUUAUGCACACAUUACUGAUUCAUCCAAAAUGAAGAAGCAAAGACUUUUCUGGCUACAAGGAGAGUAUGAUUAUUCAAAUUCAAUAGCUAAUAUAUCUUCCUUCCCUAAAAUUGGGGUUUCUGCUCUUCUUCCUGAUGUGGUUGGUGUUCGGUCCAGGCCUUAGAAAAUAAAAUGGUUGAGAUUUUUUGUUUACACAAUUUAGUAUAAAUGUUAGUACAUAGGAAAGCAGCUUUUAUUUUUUUCCCUCAAGUAUGGGAGAGAGUGCAAUAUAAUGGGCUAAGUUUCAUAUUUUAGAAUAAUUUUGUUGAUUGAAGAAACAGUUCUUAAAAUAUCAAUUGCAGAAUUAAGAUUUAGCUGAUUACUUCCUGUGGUGGGUUGAGGGAACAUAAAAAUCAGUGAUAGUCAUUAGUAUACUUCAGAAAUAUUUUCUACUGAGGAACUAAGGAGGCAGUUAACAUGUGCUGCUUGCAAGGCUGCAGUUGACAGCCAAUGAGAGUCUUAACUGGUGCAUAUGUAAGUGUUGAGUUUAGUAGCUAGCUGAUCUCAGAAUGAUCAUUUGUGCCAUGCUUUACAUAGAGCUGAUAGUAAAUGCCAAUUCUGAAUUACCUGUAAAUAAUGUUGAUUUUAAAUUUGUAUUUUUCUGUAAUAUAAAAUUAAAUAUUUAAACUUUUCAGGGUGGGGUGAGAGGGGAACCACUUUACUUGAUUCUGUAAAAAGGGCAUUUUGCAGGGUCCAGCCAAAAGUAAAACAUUGCUGUACUAGAGUUACCAUCUUGGAUUUUUCCUGUAUAGUGAGAGUGAAAUGGUUUGACUCAGCUAUCGAAUUUCUUGAUUUGUCUUCACUCCACUCAGUUUGCCUGUCCUCCAUAUUCUGUCCUAGAUAGCUUCUCCCUGCUGCGCUUAAACAAAUUCAGUUUUAGUUUCCAGAUUUACAUGUAGAUAUAUAUCCUUGUAUACAGUAGAUUAGAGUAUGAAUAGUGCCCUUGGGAAUGUAUGGAUAUGUAUGCUGUCAGGAUUUCAUGAGUAUUACAAGUUCAGUACUAGCUAGUUGAGGAUCAAAAUGCACUCUGGUUAUGUAUAGGGCAAAUAGAAUUUGUCUCUUUUCUUUUUCCAGAACUUGCAAAUUAUUGUUUUUCUUUAUCCCAGCUCAGCUUUUGGAUUUGAUUUGAAAGUAGUGUAUGCAUCAAAGUUAGUUUAUUAUUCUAAUCCACAGCCAAAAACACAUGAAUUCAUACUCUGGCAGGCCAUUUUUAUUAGUACAUGCCACCAGCUUUGUUUAGAAUGCUGGGGAAAGAAAACAAUAAAAAUGAUGCUAACUACCAACUACCAAGAAGACAAGGAGAAGUGACUAUACAGGUUCCAAAAG